AUCGAGCGAAGCCUACCGAGGAGGUGGUGUGACCGACCGCGGGGUUUUAACCCAAAACCAGAAGAUAAUAACUUAGUAUUAUUUGCCACUGACAUAAACGCAUUGUCAAGUGAGUCGGCAAGCAACCCUCGGCUGGAAGAAUUCGGGUCUCUGACUUGGCUUUUGGAGAUAACGUUAUUCAACUUGGCCAUGUUGAAGCCACAGCAGCCCAGCUCAAGUGGGCGAAAAACAUCAAAUGGGACCUCUGGGUCGAGUACUAUGUCUUCCGCAGCAAGUGGGAUCAACACUAGCAACAGAACAACGGUCGGGAGGACUCGGUCGGUGAAACCUCCUUUCCAGUCUCCUCCCGUAUUUGAGGGAGUAUAUAACAAUGCCAGAAUGCUACACUUCCUGACUGCCGUAGUGGGCUCCACCUGCGACGUGCGAGUGAAGAACGGCACCGUGUAUGAGGGCAUCUUCAAGACCCUCAGCUCACGGUGUGAGCUGGCCGUGGACGCGGUUCACAGGCGUGGCGAUGGCGAGGGCUCAAUAGCGCCCCCUAGGAGAGAGGAGAUCACCGACACCAUGAUCUUCAGCCCCAACGACCUUGUCACCAUGACCUGCAAAGACGUGGACCUCAACUAUGCCACCAGAGACACGUUCACAGACACAGCCAUCAGCUCAGGCCGAGUGAAUGGCGAGCACAAAGAGAAAGUCCUGCAAAGAUGGGAAGGCGGAGACAGCAAUGGAGAAAGCUACGACCUGGAGACCGACGCCGUUAGUUCCAACGGCUGGGACGCUAACGAGAUGUUCCGCUACAAUGAAGAGAAUUACGGCGUGAAGUCCACAUAUGAUGCCAGUUUGUCUAUGUACACUGUUCCUCUGGAGCGAGGGAACAAUGACAACUUCCGUGCACGCGAGGCGCGGGCGGCGCGGCUGGCCAGCGAGAUCGAGUCCAGCCCGCAGUAUCGCCACCGCGUGGCGCUGGAGAACGACGACGGCAAGACGGAGGAGGACAAGUACAGCGCCGUGAUGCGCGACGCCGAGCGGGAGCGGGAGCGCGGCCGCGAGAGCCCCCGCGACCGCGAGAGGGGACGCGACAGCCCCAGCGGCGGCGGCAGCAGAGAGGGGAAGUACAUCCCUCUGCCCCAGCGUGCGCGUGAGAUGGGCGGCUCUGGCUCUGGCCUGCGUGGCGAGCGUGGCAGCGAGCGUUCCGAGCGCUCGGACCGAGGAGGAGGAGGAGGAGGAGGAGGAGGCCGCGGCGGCAGCUACCGCUCCACGCCGCCCAGCUCGUCCCCGCGCCCGCCGUUGCCCCCGGCGACCUCGCAGCAGCAGCAGACGCCCGGCGCCGCCUCGUCUGAGCGCGGGAGCCCCCUGUCGUCGGGCCGGGGGGGAUACGCCCCCGGCAGCCCCCCCUCCUCGCACACACACGCCGGCGUCACGCACUCGCAGUCCCUACCGCACGCGCUGUCCGACGCCGGGAGGCCCGUCAACGGAGUCCCGUCAAGAACCUCCCCAAAGUCCCAGAGACCCCACCAGCCCAACCGACCAGUCCGCCCCUCCAACACACACACCCCCACAGUGUCUCGCUCCCCCAAGGACACGUCCUCCCAGGACCCCUCUGCUCCUUAUAUGGACAGCUCGCCCGUCUCCAUGGCGAAGCAGAAGCCCUCUGGCCCCGCCCCUCUGUUCCCUGUAGAUGUGAAUGAGAUUCUGAGCACAGCAGGUAAGGAGCGUGCAGCAGCAGCAGCAGCAGCAGCAGCUGCAGCAGAGGCCGCCGCCAGCCCUGACGACGGCAAGAGCAGCAAAGCUCCCUCAGCGCAGCAGCGCUCUCAAAUUGAAGAGCUCCGCAAGUUCGGAAAAGAGUUCAGGCUCCAGCCCAGCCCGGGUGCCCCCAGCUCUCCUGGCGCGGCCGCGGCGGCUGCAGGUGCCCCAUCUGCCCCCGCUGCCUCUGCCGGCGGCCCCUCCGAUGCCCCCCAGCCUGGCGCGGCAGCGGUGGCGAAGGCCCCGUCGGCCGCCGACGCCCCGGGCGCUGGAGCGGCGGACGGCAAGCCCGGCCUGGCACAGAGCGCCCCGGGGCAGCCGCCCGCCCCCGCCUCGCCCGCCGACGAGCCGGGGCCCCCCAAGGACAAGGAGGCCGCCGCCACGCCUGCCGCCAGCCUGCCCCUUUCAGACAGGCAGUCGCCGGCCACCCCGCAGCCCGCGAGGACCCCUGGGCCCGACGAGGGCAGGCCAGAGGCUACCGAGGCAGUCACAGAUCAAGUGAAGAGGUCUACGCUGAACCCCAACGCCAAAGAGUUCAACCCCAACAAGCCUCCUGUUGCCCUGUCGAAGCCCACGUCUGCCCCCACGCCCCCCCGUCCGACCCCCCCCAGCCCGUCGGUGUUGCUCCAGCAGCACCCAGGAGGCCAGGGCCCCGUCUACAGCGCCUCCUACCUGCCCUACAACCUGCAGCUGCACCCCGUACAGGCUCAGCAGAUGUACCAGUACCCCAUGCAGGCAGUUAACCAGGGCAAAUAUCCUCGGGCCAAAGGUUCAGUGGUGCCCCAGAGGUCUGACCACAGCUCGUCGGCGCCCCCUAUGCUUCAGGCGGCGUCAGCAGCAGGAGCGCCCCUAGUGGCCUCUCCGUACCCCCAGUCCUACCUGCAGUACAACCCCCCCCAGUACGGCCAGCAGCAGGUCAUCCAGGCCAUGAGCCCCUACCCCGGACAGCCCAUGUACUCCAUGCUGCAGGGUGGAGCGCGGAUGUUGGGGUCAGGAGGGGGUCACCCCCAGGCCCUCGGCCCUCCAGCUGGACCCCAGUUCCCUGGGCAGGGCGAGGGCCCACAGGGACCACAGCAGGGCAUCUACGCUCAGUCGUUCUCUCAUCACUCUGGCUCAGUUCAUCCCCCUCAGCCCUCCAGCACUCCCACUGGCAGCCAGCCCCCUCCCCAGCACACAGCCCCCAGCCCUGGACAGACGGGUCAGUCUGGUCCGCAGCCCCAGUCUCUGUACCACUCUGGGCCUCUCUCUGCCCCCACCCCCCCUAACCUGCCCCCGGGCCACAGCUCCCCCCAGGCCUCCUACCCCCUGCAGGGGUACAGCCUCCACGGACACCAGGGCAUCCCGCACACCUACACAUCCCUGGGGCAGAUCGCGCAGCAUUGUGCAUAUAUGGGUGCUCAUGUUCAGGGCCCCAUGUCUGGGCCGCACCCCUCUGGGACCCACGGCCCCCCCCAGAUGGUGAUGCUGCACGCUCCUCCCCAGGCAGGCCCUGGCUCCGCCCAGCACCCCCAGCAUGGCCCCCAGCAGGGGCCCCCGCAGCACUUCACCUAUAUCCAGCACCCCCAGGCUGUUCAGGUCCAGCACCCCUCCCAGCAACUUCCCUUCCAUCCCCCUGGCAACUGAGCUCCUUCUCCACGGAGACGACUCUUUGACUCCUCCCUCCCCACAGGCCACGCCCACCCGCAAGAAGACUUGGACCAAUCAGGGGACGGGGCAGAGUUGGGGGAUGAGCCUUGUUUUCCUCGUGUGUGUGCCCCAUUUCUAGUUCCUGAACCCCCCCCCCCCCCCCUUCACUCUGUCAUACACUACAGACUGAUGUGAACCCCCCCCCCCCCCCCCCCUUCCCUCCCCACCACCCAACAUGGAGGAAUUUCAGUAGGUGUCCCAUAUCCCGUUCGGUAACCCCCCUCCCCUCCUUCCCUCCCCGCCAUCACCCCACCCCCCUCUCCCCACCCCCUUCGUUUUUAGGAGAAAUAUGCGGUCGCCUCGGCGGAGGAGACACAGACCGCGCUGACGAAGGUCUUGAGGUUCUACUGCCCCCUUGUGACAGGGGGGAACAAAAGACUUUUUUUCUCUUCUUUUUUCUUUUUUCUUUUUUUUUUUUGUUUUAGACCAACUUUUCUUCUGUUCAGAGGAACAGGAGGACGGUGAUAAAGAGGGCAGAUGGCUUCAGAGCCGAGGAGAACAACGCAGAGAGAGAGCGAGCGAGCGAGAAAAGAGCCUGACGCAGACGAGGGAGGAGGGCUUAAGCAAGAGACGGAACAUUUUCCAUGUUCGAGAAAAUAAAAAAAAGUCCCUUUUUUGUUUGUUUUUUUUAGCAGUCCUUCCCUGACCUUCACCUGAACUCUGAACUUUGACCCCUAGACCCAUGUCCUUCCACACACCUCGCCCCUUACCCUAGGGAAAAAACAAACAAUAAAAAAACAUGGAAAACACAGAAAAACAAUUAAAAACAAUGACCAAAAAAUAAAUAAAAUAAAAAUUUUAAACUUU